AUGAAGGUUCUGUUGCUCAGUGUUGUCCUUGGUCUGCUUUAUGCAGGUCAAGAUGAAGCUCAGCUACUUCUCAAACCGUUUUCAGGAGAAUGGAGAACCCAUUACAUUGCAUCCAGUAACAUUGAGAAGAUCACUGAGAAUGGGCCAUUUCACAUUUAUGCACGUUACAUUCAGUUUAAUGCAGACAACACAGUAGACGUCGACUUUUAUAUCAAGUCAAACGGAGAAUGCAUAAAAAAACACGAAACAGCACAGAAGCAACAAAAUUUCACUUAUACUGCUGAAUAUGCGGGUCACAAUGAAGGUCGAGUUCUUCAUGUGUCCCAUAACUCUGUAAUAGGACAUCUUAUCAACGUGGAUGAAGAAGGAAACGAGACAGAUUUCGUUGGAAUAAUUGGCACAGAUGAUGAGAUUUCAGACAGUGACUUUGAGAGGUUCAAAGAGGAGACGAGAGACAAAGGGAUUCCAGAAGAAAAUAUUAUUAAUUUCAUCAAUAAUGAUGCGGGUCAAAAUGAAGUUCAAAUUCCUCACGUGUCGGAGAAGAGUUUCACAGGACAUGUGAAAAAUGUGGAUGAAGAAGGAAAGGAGACUGACUUGGUUGGAAUAAUUGGCUGUUUGAAAGCCUACUUCAUCUCCAAUGAUCAGUUGGAAGGUGUCACCACCUACCUCUCCCAUGGUGACGACGAGAAACAUCACACUGUAUUUGACAAGUGUCUCUCCUGGGAGGCACAGUGCAUCCAGUUGAGAAGUGAUAUCCUGCCAGCAGUCUUAGAAAGGCUCCCCAGGUCUGGUCAAACCAAAGCUGCUACAUAA